CGGGUCAGUCUCACUGUGGUCUUGGAUUGAACACUCACAAGGACUAAUUUGACAAAAGCUUCGAUCAUGAUUCAACACAUUCGGAAUCUCCACUCAGAUCCUACGAAUGUGCCUUCUGCAAUCUGAUGUGGCUUCGUCCAGUCUUGAGAGGCCAAAACGUACCGGAAGUUACACACCCAAUCCAUCACACAAUCUACGACUCAAGCGGCAGCACUCUCAGAUCCCUUAUCGUCACCAUUGCUACUGCCGGUCCUCCAGAAGUCGACCAGUUUCUGGAAUAUGUUGGCAUCGGCGUCUAUUUUCACGAAAAUUCGGCCCUCAAUAUUUCUCGAUCCCUUCCCCUGACUUAUCGAUUGAGGCCGAUUUCUUCCUCGCCUCGCAGUAUAUCACCAGACCUGGCCGUCGCCACGGAAGCCUUGAAGGUGGUUCGCACAAGAGUUGUACCAGACAGGAAGCGUAUGAUAAAAGAACUGGCGGACCUCUAUCGCUGGACUGAUGAGGAGAUUCGAGCUGUGUCACGUUUUCGUCUGAUUAUCGCCAGCAGCUCCGUUGCGUUGAUCGAAGGAAUGACAUGUUCGCAUCCCCGCUGCAAAUUCGGACGAUCAUCAAGGGAUGGAACUUCCGGAGAGACGAACGCUUUCACCAGGCUGAUGGAACAGGUCGAGGCGUUGUCAAAGGCUGGCAUCCAAGUCGUCUGGUACCUUGUCGACAGGCAAGUGUCUAGACAAGCGAAGAGCCUAGCGAAAGGAGCAUACACUCGUCAUCUUUUGACGCCGAAGGACAAGAAGCUGCCGCGUGUUACAGAAGAACAUGCUCAGGAAGAGGGAGCGCCCACAGUCACAGAAGGCUCCGAGGACGAGCUGAAACCUACUGUCCGACGGUCUGGGACGAAGAGACCAGUCGUGAAUGGCCAAUCCAACGAGACUCUCGAGUCUUUGGUUUUACCAGAAGCCAGUUUGGCUGCCGUGUCAUGA